AACACACACACACACACACAGCCUCUGACACACACAUAUGCACGCACACACACACCCUCAGUAACUGCCUAUGCCAGAGCCUGCCUGCGCUCGCAGCUCAAGCCCUCUUAAAGCUGUUUUUCUGCCUGAGAUCAGCGAGAGCUAACGACACACAGCUGCCUCUGCUGAAGACAGAAAGACAAGAGGAGAAGGAAGAGAGGGAGGGGACAAGAGCACAGGAGGGAGGAGAGGAAACAAACACACCAGCAGCUUUAACUUGAACUCUCCGCUGCAGUCUUCCUUCAGCAGGGAGUGUUUUCUGCCGUAGAGUUCAGGACUUUUUUUGUGUGAGACGGGGGUGGAAAAGAAGAGGGGUUCGGAGUUCACAUGACAUAAUCGGAGUGAAUGGGUUGCCAUGGUGACUCACCCAGGGAGCUUGACCCGUGCAGAGUGAAUGGAGGGAGCGCCUUGGACGCCAAGUGAACGAUAAACUAACGGAGGGGAGCCACCAGAGAGAGAGAGGAGAGCGAAGGAGUGGUGGAUAACAGAGGACUGAGCACAGGCUGAGAAUGGAGGACGGGUUUUCCAGCUACAGCAGCUUGUAUGACACCUCAUCGCUGCUACAGUUCUGCAAUGAUGACAGUGCGUCAGCAGCCAGCAGCAUGGAGGUCACCGACCGCAUCGCCUCCCUGGAGCAGAGGGUCCAGAUGCAGGAGGACGAGAUCCAGCUGCUGAAGUCCGCUCUGGCAGAUGUGGUGCGCCGGCUCAACGUGUCCGAGGAGCAGCAGGCCAUGGGGUCUCGCAGAGGACCCACCAAAGACCCCCCUUUGAUGAGAAAGUCGCCCUCAGCACACAGCAAUGUUGGGAAGUCAGCCAGGCCAAUGAUCGCCACGCUGCCAUUACGGCCCACCGUCAACAACGGGACCAUCGUACCAAAGAAAGGCACUCUGCCCUCCCCAGGAUCUGGAUCCAGGAAGGACGGCAGCUCAAUAGCCAGCAAGAGAAUUCUCUACCUGCCCCUCAGCACUGUGAGGAGAGCCAACUCAAACGAACAUGUGGGAACUCUCUCACGGAAAGAUUCAGGUGACUCCAAGGGCAACCGAACUCGGGCUGGAUCCACCGGCAGCAACUCCAGCGGGAAAAGAAGUGACAGCAAACAGAGGGACCCCGUGUUCAAUGCAGGGAUGCGACGUGUGACCCACUGCAAAGAGGAAGGUUAUGUGAAAAUGUUCUUGAAGGGUCGCCCCGUCACCAUGUACAUGCCCAAAGAGCAGGUGGACAGCUACUGCCUGGAGGCCAGAGCCGAGCUGCCCGGCAACAAGCUCAAGCUGGACUGGGUUUAUGGUUACCGUGGUCGAGACUGUCGCUCCAACCUUUACUUGUUGCCCACCGGAGAGACGGUGUACUUCAUCGCCUCGGUGGUCGUCCUGUUCAACGUGGACGAGCAGCUGCAGAGACACUACACCGGACACACGGAUGACAUCAAAUGCCUUGCCGUCCACCCCGAUAAAAUCACCAUAGCAACCGGGCAGGUGGCGGGCACCUCUUCGGAUGGAAAACAGCUGGCUCCUCAUGUCCGUGUGUGGGACUCAGUCAGCCUCAACACGCUUCAUGUUCUGGGAUCAGGCUUCUUUGACCGAGCCCUGGUCUGCCUGGCCUUCUCCAAGUCGAAUGGAGGAAACACUUUGUGUGUCGUGGACGACUCCAAUGACCACGUCCUCUCCGUCUGGGACUGGCAGAGAGAGGACAGACUGGCUGAGGUCAAGUGCUCCAAUGAGUCGGUGUUUGCAGCAGACUUUCACCCGACAGACAGCAACAUCUUAGUGACCUGCGGCAAGUCCCAUCUCUAUUUCUGGAACCUGGAGAAAGGCAUGCUGGUCAAGAAGCAAGGACUGUUUGAGAAACAGGAGAAGCCGAAGUUUGUGUUGUGUGUGACCUUUGCAGAAAAUGGAGACGCCAUCACAGGAGACUCAAGCGGGAACAUCCUGGUGUGGGGAAAAGGCACUAAUCGUAUCAGCCAAGUCAUCCAAGGAGCUCACGAGGGUAGCAUCUUUGCUCUGUGCAUGCUGAGAAACAGCACUCUGGUGUCUGGAGGGAAAGACCGCCGGCUCAUCUCCUGGGACAGCAGCUACCAGCAGAUACAAACUGUGGAGGUGCCUGAGUCGUUCGGUCCCAUCCGGACCAUAGCAGAGGGCAGAGGGGAGACCAUGCUCAUCGGGACCACCAAGAACUUUGUUUUGCAGGGCAGUCUGGAUGGAGAAUUCAUACCUAUUACACAGGGUCACACUGAUGAGUUGUGGGGUCUGGCUGUUCACCCCUCCAGGCCUCAGUUCCUCACCUGUGGCUACGACAGGCAGGUCUGUAUGUGGGACUCCAGCUCCCAUCAGCUCGUCUGGACCAAGAGUAUGGAGGACGCUGCCCAAUCAGCCGGCUUCCACCCAUCUGGAGCUGUGGUUGCCAUAGGAACACAGACUGGAAGGUGGCUGGUCCUGGACACGGACUCUAAAGAUCUCGUCACGGUUCACACCGACGGAAAUGAACAGCUGUCUGUUGUCUGCUACGGGCCAGAUGGUAACUUCAUGGCUGUGGGUUCACACGACAACUACAUCUAUAUCUAUGCUGUGGCGGAAAAUGGGAGGAAGUACAGCCGAGUGGGGAAGUGUUCGGGUCACUCUAGUUUCAUCACCCAUCUGGACUGGUCAGUGGACUCCCAGUACCUGGUGUCAAACUCAGGGGAUUAUGAGAUACUGUAUUGGAUCCCAUCAGUGUGUAAGCAGGUGGUGAGUGUGGAGACCACCAGAGAUAUUGAGUGGAUCACACACACCUGCACUCUGGGCUUCAUGGUCUUUGGCUUGUGGCCCGACGGCUCUGACGGCACCGACAUCAACGCUGUCUGCCGCUCCAGUGAUAGAAGCCUCGUGGUUACCGGGGACGACUUUGGGAAGGUCCACCUGUUCUCUUACCCCUGUUCGCAGUUCAGGGCUCCCAGCCAUGUUUAUGGCGGCCACAGCAGUCAUGUGACCAACGUGAACUUCCUGUACGACAACGGUUACCUGGUAUCAACUGGUGGGAAGGACAUGAGCGUGAUGCAGUGGAGGAUAGUCUGAGGGAGCCUGCAGAAACUACUGAUACUGUUGGUCUCUCUCUGCUGCUGGGGCCUUAAACCCAGCUAAAGCAAACUGAACUGCACUAAACUGAACCAAACCAAACUUGACUUAACACGGAAUACAAAAAAAAGGUUUGAUCUGCCUGAACUGAAUUGACAGAAGAGGACCCCAAUGUUUUCUUCCUGAUCUGCUCUCAGAUCCCAAAUGACAUGAACUGUUGCAAGUGUUAUGUGCGGUUGCUUGAAAUACAAAUUCUUGAAUAUUUCACGAUUUUCUCUACUCACACUACAUGUAAAAUACAAAUCUUCCGUACUGUGGCCAACUCACCAAUGACAUAACAAAUCAAGUGGAUCAAAUCCAAGUAAACAGAACCAAAGGCUCUGAAUUUCUGACUGCAUCUGUAUAGUUUGGGUUUCACUGUUCUUGUAUUGUUCGUGACUCCUGCUGCAGAGAACGGACUGUUGACUGAAUAUCAUCGCACUGGAGAUCCAAGAGCAUUGGAACAAAAACAAAUUACGGAAAGGAGAAAAUUGUGUUUUUCUAAUUGUUAAACUUUCUUUUCUUUUUGUAUUUAACAACUCAGGAAAGCUCUAGUUAAGCGGGACUCUUCCUUGUUAUUAACAUUGACAUAUCAGAACAAGCCCUUAACACAUCCAAAAACAAUGAAGAGAGAUAUCAACUGCGCUUAAUAUCUGAUUUAAUUGUCAUUCAUCUUUUUGUGUUACCUUAUUAUGUACUACCUUUACAGUCCAGGCAAUUGUUGAAUUUGGAAGGCAAAAUAAUUUAAAAACAGCAUGGUCCAGUUUUAUUUGAUGUUACCCGACAUUUUAAACUAUUAUCCUAUAAGGGGAUGAUAAUCACAAAUGAAUUUGGAUUCAGAGUUAGGAUUUUAACCAUUUGAUACAACAUUUUCUGACCAUUUUCAAUGUUUGUGUGCUUCCACGUCUUAAAAAAUACACCUUUCCUAUUAUUUAUUUAUCAAAGUCAAAUCCUUCACUGCCAAUUUCAGUUACCUUAAGUUUUUCCCUGCAAUAAAUCCCUGUUAAGUCCCAUAUUUGUAAAUAUACAGAGAGUUUUGAAACCGAUACGAGCUAAAUGAUGGUGAAUACACAGUAUUUGAAAGUGUUUCAGAUUUUUGGACUGGGUUUUUGUGUCUUUCCUUAGCCUCGAGGUGAAAGAAAAAUGAAAAGCAAGCAUGUUUUUUUUCUUCUUCUAUUGAUGUGAAGCCUUUUCAACUCUGUACCCAUCUGCAUUUUACUGUAGCAGGAUCAGUUUAUGAAGUGGGGAGUAUGAGACCAUUACACUGUAACUGUUAUCGUCUGAUGUGCACCAUCAGUCACUGGCAAGAUAUUUAACUGAACUGAACCCUAUUGAAGUUUUUUCUUUUUCUAUAAUGCACUGCUUCAGCCUGAUAAACAUACAGCAGGUCUAUUUACCUGCAAAAUAGGACAAGCAAAACACCAUGUAGCACAUUACCGGAGCUGUUCAUGAACCAAUGAUGUCUUCUUUCAUCCUUCCAAAACAAAGCAUCUAAUGGGUAACAGCUAGCCGACGUUAUACACAUGAAUACACUUGAUUUAUUUGAGAGGGCUUCAGCAGAUAUGAGGCAUAUUGGUGUUUUUUUGAAAGCCUGACGGUUGGCUGUCUGUAAACCACUUAAAUCUAACUGCAGUGAUAUAAAGUCGCCACUCUACAGAGUGAAUGUAACAUGAUUUGUCUUACCACUAAACACCUGGAGCUGCAGAGAAGCAAUUAACAUGUGUCUGAAAGUAAAUGCAACAUGAAAUUCC